CCUUUUAUUUUUUAUUUUUUAUUUUUUAUUUUUGCAUUUUUCUACUGCGAAGUUCGAACACCUUGAUAACUAGAUCCAUCAAAGCCGGUUAACUCGACAUGGGAGCGCCAGACUCAGCAACGAUCGACAAUCCUUGUUCAUCAGCAACUCUGCAAUCGGUAACAGAUCCUGUGCUCGUGAAUUCUGGUGAGGAGAAUUCUGUGGAAAUUGAAAACGAGAAGAUCAUGGGCAAUGAAUCUGCUGAUGAAAGAAUCUGUAACCUGUUUAAUGUUGAUCUGGACAGCACAACAGUAGAUUUUGAAGCUGCUGGUAUUGAGGAAGUAGAGGAGAUGGAGUCUUCAACGCUGAAUGGAGACAUGGAUAACGAUAUAUGUCAAAGUUCAGCUAAAACAUACAAUGGGGCGGAUCCCAUAGAGGUAAAUGAUCUUUUGAAGAAUCUUGAUAUUCCAUUGGAAACACCAAGUGCGGGGAUGAUUUUUUUGAGUGAGGACGAUGUUGAAAGAUAUUAUAAAGCAUAUGGAAAGCAACAAGGGUUUCUAAUUGUCCGUGGUGGUAAUGGAUACCAAUGGAAGAAUAAAGGUGUCAAGAGGUCUGCAACUUGGACAUGCGACUGUGCUGGUUUACCAAGGGUACGUGAACGGGGAAAAAGUACGACUCAGCAAGCAUUGACAAGUGCACCACUUGUGAAAUCUAAGAAAUGUCAAUGCCCAGCAAAAUUGUAUGCUGUGGUUUGUUCUGAUGGUAAUUGGUUGGUGAAGCAUGUUGUGCUGGAGCACAUGAACCACACACUAAGCCCAAACAAGUUUGGGUCCACUCCAGAUUGUAGGAAAUUACCCUCUAAUGAUGUAAAGCAGAAGUUAUUAACGGAUAUUGAAGGCGGUAUUUCUCACGCUCAGCCCUUGGCAUUCCUGCUGCCCAAGAGAAAUGACAUGGACCAAAAGCCAUUUGGUAGAGUAAUAAAUUUGGAGGCUGUCGAUGUCUCUGAAGGAGAAAAGAUGAUGCCAUCUCUGCUGAAUAAAGAGGUGGAUGAAGAUAUAUGCAAAACCUCUGCCAAAGCAUGCAAUGUGAGGGACACUCUGGAGGUAGAUGAUCUUUUAAAGAAUCUUAAUAAUACUAUGUUGGAACCACCAAGGGUAGGGAUGGGAUUUUCAAGCGAUGAAGAAAUUGAAAAAUAUUAUAAAGCAUUUGCUAAGCAACAAGGGUUUCAAGCUGUCCGUCAUGGUACUGGGUAUCACUGGAAGAAUAAAGGUGUCAAGAGGGCAGCAACUUGGACAUGUGAUUGUGCUGGCUUACCAAGAAUACAAGAUCGACGUAAAAUUAAGAUUCAACCAACAUGUGAUAGUGAUGUCAGGAAGCUGACAAAUGCGCCGCUUAUAAAGUCUAAGAAAUGUCAAUGCCCAGCUAAGCUGUAUGCUGUGGUGUGUGCGGAUGGAAACUGGAUGGUGAAGCAUGUCGUGUUGGAGCACAAGAACCACACUCUAAACUCAAGCAAGUCUAGUUGUAUUUCAGAUCGUAGUAAGAUAACCUACCAAGUCAAGCAGAAAUUAUUAGAUGAUGUAGAAGCUGGUUUAUCACCUGAAAGGACCUUGGUACCGUUGAUUCCCCAGAGAAAUGUUAUGGACCAAAUACCAGAAGAAGAUUUGUGGAAUAAUAUUGACAGUGAAAGGAGGCUGAAUUUCAUGAAUGGUGAUGCUCUUGCACUCCAACAGUUUCUUUUGAGAAUGUAUCAAGAUAAACAGGACUUCUUCCAUGCAUAUCGGCUUGAUUGUAAUGGUUAUUUGAAGGAUGUCAUGUGGGUGGAUGCCAGAAGUAGGGAAGCAUAUUAUGAAUUUGGUGAUGUUGUUUACUUUGACACCACAUGCUUGACAAACGGAUAUGACUUGCCACUAGCAAGCUUUGUUGGUGUCAACCAUCAUGGGCAAAGUAUAUUGCUUGGUUGUGUUCUAGUCUCUCGUGAGGAUCUGGAAACAUUCAAGUGGGUGUUGAGGACGUGGUUGCGUUGCAUGGGUGAUCGAGCACCAGGAGGAAUAGUCACUCAACAAUGUAUUCCAUUGAAGGAGGCACUGGUUGAAGUGAUGCCAGACACUAUUCAUCGAUGGUGUAUAGGGCAUAUUUUAUGCCAGGUGCCCCAUAAAUUUGAAAGGAUGUUCCAUUAUGAGGAAUAUCACCAGAAGUUGAAGGAGAUUGUGUGGGACUCAUUGACCCCAGAAGAGUUUGAAAAUGGAUGGGGUGAACUGAUGACUGAAUUUGAAUUGGAGGGCAAUGAAUGGCUUGUCGGUUUGUACGAGGAGAGAGAAAUGUGGGUACCUGCUUAUCUAAAUCAUAUGUUUUGGGCAGGGAUGAUGACAAAAUCUAGGGCUGAAAGCAUGAACAAAUAUUUUGAUGGCUAUAUAGAAAAGAAGACAGGGAUAUGUGAGUUUCUGGAAAACUAUUUUUCCGCAGUAGAGAAGUGGGUACGUGAUGAAAUGGAGGAGGAUGCUACUUGUACACGUAACAUGAGAUCUCCUGUCACUGAUUUUGCUGUUGAAUUGUUCUUUCAGAAAGUGUACACUGAUGCCAAGUUUGUUGAGGUUCAAAGAGAAUGCCAAAGAGUCCUUUACUGUAACGCAAUGGAACAAAAACAGUUAUCAGAAACAACGAUGGAACAUGUCAUUCAGGACAGAGUGUGGACUGAAAUUUUUCCAAACAAGGGUAAAGAUGUACCCAGUGAGAGAAAAAAUUUGCAUCGAGUGACAUUUCAGACAGAUACUUAUGAAGUGAGGUGUGAUUGCAAACUGUUUGAGUGCCAUGGGAUUUUGUGUCGGCACAUUAUAAGGGUCUUGGACUUGUAUAGUGUGCAGAAAGUCCCAGAGAAGUACGUGUUAAGAAGAUGGUGUAAGGAUGUGAGGAGGAAAUACUCCAAUAUCCAAGUGGCACACCGUGAUCCUUUAAACUCAGCACAAAUGAUUCGUUAUGAUAAGAUGCAACUAGAAUUUGAUGUUGUUGCUAACCUCGCUAUGAAAUCAGAUGACUUGUGCGCUUCUGUAAUGCAAGGAAUCCAUGAGCUUAAGCGAAAGGUCGAAGAAGCUGAUGGUCAGAGGUUAAGCAGGUGCAACACCACUGUCGUAUCAGUUGAUCAUAUUGGAAAUGAUAACGAGAGCAUUGUUACCACAAAGAGGAAAGAAAUGAUCACCAAAUAUCCUCCUCGUAGGGCGAAAAUUUGUCGGUCAAGUGAGAUUGUGGAGAUGCCUUUAGCUGAGAUGAGUGUGCAAAACAAGAGAGCUAGGCCUGAGCAAACUCUUUCCCAGGUUUUAUGAACUGCUCUGAAUCUUCUGAGGACAUACCAUCAUGCUUAUUUAUGCCUAUAUUCUGUGAACGUUAAGAUCAUAACCUAGGUUUAAAAUAUUGGAAACUGGUGGUCCUCAUUUGAUAAAACCAAUGAAGCUGUUAAUGAGGUCAAGAAGGAUGAGUUUGCUUCAUAUUAGCUGACAUUUUGAAGCAAAUCAAGUUGAUAUUUGAGGCAUGAGAUUUGAACUGGGGCAAGGCAAUGCUAGCAUUUUACAUUGAGAGCCAAUGAGGAACCUGAAGAUCUGUUUUUUUUAUCUUUUAUAUUUUAUAUAACUCUUGGAUUGAAGAUUUGGGUUUCUAUAUAAACUGAAGAGUAAAUUUGCUAUUGCUUAAUGAGUUUCUUUUGGAUUACUGUAAGUUGGUAACCGGCCAUGAUUUAUUGUUUAAACAUGAUUAUAAGACUAUCACUGUUAUGGCAGGUAUGAAGACGGAAUUAUAUGAUGAUUUUGUGAUGUUGAAGAACCACUUGAAUUCCAAUCACAAUAUUUGGCGAAGGGCUAGAAGUUUGCAGAUGGUAUACUCAGAUAUGCCUAGAUGGGUUCUACAAAUGGAUAAUGAUGUACACAAAAGCCCUGGAGCUGUGGGCAUGGGGAUACUUAAUGUCAGUCCAAGCUCCAAAAGAAGCCGUGGGAAGCUUGGUUGGGCAGUUGGAAAUAACCCGGAAUCCUUAUGGGUGAAGUGUUAACUGUUAAGUGGGUGCAUUUCAUUUAUAUUAAAGGGAAGAGGUGGAAUGGGAACUCUCCUCCCAAUAGUGUCAGCUGGCCGACUGAUACAUUUGCAAAGAAUAUUACUCCGAUUGUAGCUGCCAAAACAUAUGUUACAUUACAUUAUAUUAAAACAGACACCGAAAAAAUAAAUCCAAGGAAAUUAUUACUUCUUCUAAGGAAA